AUGUCGUCAAAGCCAAUUUUAUACAUGCAUACAUUUAGUCCGCCUUCACGUGCGGUUUUAUUGACUGCAGCUGAAUUGGGCGUUGAGCUAGAGUGCAAAGUCAUUGAAUUGUUGAAAUCUGAGCAUAAGUCACCAGAAUUUAUCAAGUUGAAUCCCCAGCACACAAUUCCACUUCUCGAUGAUAACGGUGUGUUGAUCACCGACAGCCACGCAAUUUGCGGGUAUUUAGUUGGAAAAUAUGGAAAAGACGACCGAUUGUAUCCAAAAGAUUUGGUGAAACGUGCCCAAGUCGAUGCUCACUUGCAUUUUGACUCUGGUCACCUAUUCGCUC